CAAUGCCAAGUGCUUCAAGAAGGACGGCGUCUGCAAGAACAUGGGCUUCAUCGCGUCAAGCCCGCUGAUCGACCUGAACAACCGACCGGAGGACCCGGUGAGCUGCGAGUGCUUCUGCCCGUACUCCGACCUGAAGGGUCAGUUCUGCGAGGACAACACCUUCAUGAAGUACAAGUACCUCAACACGAAGGCCUCGUGCUUCGGCUUCAUCACCAAGAGCGGCGACGUGCACGUGGAGAAGCUGCGCGGUCAGCUGCACCAGCAGCGCGGGCGCAACGUGCUGGCUCCGAUGGGCGCCGGCUCCUACAUCUACAAGGAGCGCGAGAUAUUCUCUGACAAGGAGGCGAGGGCCCUGACGCAGGACCAGGACACGCUCCUGGCGUUGUUCCAGCCGCCGAUCAAUGUCAGGAAGACGGGAGGACUGGCGGCCGCGCCCGACGUCUGGGUCUCCAAACAGUGGUGCACGUUCAUCUGGGCACCCCCGAGCAAGAAGAGAGCCAUCGUCACCGUGAACGCGUCCCGACUUUGGCAGUCGGACGAGUUCACGCAGCAGCUGCCGGCCGUCACCAAGAGCCUGAUCGACAAGAAGGGCGACUGCCAGAGGGCGCUCAAGUUCGUGCACUCCCACGGCCCGGACCAGGCCAAGCUGCGCACCAAGUGCUUCUCGGCCAUCUACUUCCCGCCGGAGCGGCCCUACAUGAUCUGGAGCAACACGAGCGCGCUCACUGCCUACAUCUACUGGGACUGGUACCUCUCCCAGCGGAUCCCGCGGCAGCUGAAGCACGCAAUGAAGCUGACCUUGACCACACGGUUCGAACUGGCUCCCGCCUACACGCUGGAGACCUGCUGA